UCUCCCUCCAAUCAGCACCCUCUUUCAUAAUGUUAUAUAUUUCCCUCUCAUCACCCACUCCUCGUUCUUACCUUCCAAAGCCUUUCUCUCUAUCAACCAACAAACUCCGUUUCCAUGUAUUCUCGAAAAACCAAUUUUCCGGUGGUGGAAAUUACACUUCGCCAGAGGAACCAGUUGUUACUCCUGAGGGACUCCGUCGUGAGUUAAUGCCGAAGCACGUAGCAGUCAUUAUGGACGGAAACAGAAGAUGGGCUCGGUCUCAAAGAUUGACGCCUCAGGCCGGUUACUUGGCGGGUGCCGCAGCCUUGAAGUUGGUGAUGGAUCUGUGUCGUAAGUGGGGAAUCCAGGUUCUAACAGUCUUCGCCUUCUCAACAGAUAACUUGUUAAGACCCAAAAUUGAAGUCGAUCCCCUCCUUGGCAUCUUUGGAAGUAAAAUAAAAGAUGAAAUUGCUUAUAUGGAGAGGGAGAAUAUCCGGCUUUCUAUCAUGGGAGACGUAUCAAAGCUUCCACAAUCCUUGCGAGAAGUUAUCACACAUGCUGAAAACACAACGAAGAACAAUUCACGACUCAAUCUUGUUAUAGCGAUUAAUUACAGUGGCAGGUAUGAUAUCGUUCAGGCUUGUCAAAGCAUUUGUCAAAAAGUCAAAGAUGGUGAGGUUGAAUCUGAAGAAAUCAAUGAGUUUAUGAUCGAUAAUGAACUUUGUAUGAAGUUGAUGGGGCUUCCAGACCCUGAUCUUCUUAUUCGGACAAGUGGGGAGGUUAGAGUGAGCAACUUCUUUUUAUGGCAACUGGCAUAUACUGAACUAUACUUCACUGAAACGCUUUGGCCGGAUUUUGGAGAAGAUGAACUUUUACGUGCUUUACAUGUUUUUCAACAGAGACCAAGGCGAUAUGGUGUAUGAUUUCUUUUAGAUGGAUUAAAAAAUUGAACACAUGCCAUAUCCUUUUGACUUUUGAGGUGAUACCGACUUGUUCAAAUUUUUAGGUUUUAAACACUUCGAUAAACAAUAAAAUAUUUCUUUGUC